AUGGAGAAAGGAUUUUUAUUGAAUAAAAAUUUCUAUGACAUUGAAGAAAAAAUAAUAGAAAGUGAAAAGGAUAAAAUACCUAGAAAAUACUGUAAAGAUGAUUUUGAGGUACAUAUGCAUAUAGGAAGUGGCAACUUCAGUGAAGUUUUUAUGGUGAAAUUGAAGAAUAAUCCUUCAAAAAUAUACUCCCUAAAAAUGUUUGAAAAAGAAAAAGUAAACAGAAUGAAUAAAAUUGAUGAAGUUUUAAUGGAAAAACAUACUAUGACAAAACUAAAUACUCCUGGACAUGUAAAUGUUAUUAAAUUAAUUGACACAUUUAAAGAUAAACAACAUGUUUAUUUAUUGUAUGAAUAUGCUGAUUAUGAAUUGUGGGAAUUUUUAAAAAACAGGAGUGUUGGAGUUAACGAAAAUAUAACAUUUAAUAUAAUACUUCAAAUGAUCUAUGCAUUAGAAUAUAUACAUAGCAAAAAUAUAAUUCACAGAGACUUGAAAUGCGAAAACUUUGUUAUAAAUAAAGAUGGAAUAAUAAAAAUGAUUGAUUUUGGUACUUCGAAAGAUUUAGAUAAUAUAACUAAAGAAGUAAUUAACGAACCCACAAUAAAAGAUGCUGAGCUAAGUAAAUUUAGAUUAAAAAAAAGUAAGAAUUCAAAAGAAAACUCAGAAAACGAGUCCGAAACUAAAAGUGAUAAUAAUUUAAGCUCUGAAGAAUUUAGUAAAAGUGUUUUGGAUUAUAAUAAUGAAAAAAAUAAUGAAAAGUUAAAAAAUCAAAUUAAAAAAAACUGCAUUUAUAAAGAGAUUAAAAACACUGAAAAUAAUGGUUUUAACAAUAUUAUUUCGGAAAAGACUGUUCACAAGCCAUGUAUUUUAAAAAGUGAUAAAUAUCUAAUAAAUAUAAAUAAAUAUAACAAUGGAUACAGAAAAAAAAAGAAAUUUGAAAAUUAUGUUGGAACACCUAACUUUAUGCCUCCAGAAGCGUUAACAAACAAGUGUAGCGGUAAAGCACGUGACUUUUGGAGUCUUGGAUGCGCUAUUUAUCAGCUAGUAGUAUGCACAGUUCCCUUUAAUGCCUCUACGGAGUGGUUCAUUUAUAAUAAAAUAAAAAAAAAAGAAAUAAAAUACCCACCUAUAAUGUCAUCUGAAUUGAUUGAUUUAAUUGAAAAGUUGACUAAUCUUAACCCAGAAGAAAGGUUAGGAUAUAAAGGAGGAUGCACAGAAAUUUUAGAACAUCCUUAUUUCCAAAAAUAUAAUAACCGAUUAAAUUUUAAAAUCCCAGAAAUUUCUGAAGUAGAAAAAAUGUAUACAAAUAUGAUGAAUAAGUAUCAUGAAUAUACAAAUGAAAGAAGGAAACUGAGAUACAAUAUGAAUAAUAAUUAUUCUGAAGAAAGUAAAAAAAAAAUAGAGAAAUUGAAGAAUGAUUUAUCAGAUUUAAUUAAAUAUGAUACAUUAGUUUAUGAUGAGAAAGAUAAAUCUAUAUUUUUAAAGAAAAAAAUUGCUAAAACCGUUAAUUUUUUGGUUAAAGAAUUCGAUGAACAAGAAAAAAAGGAAAUAGAAGAAGCAGAUAAAUGGUUAGAACGAUUUAAUAAUAAAUAA